AUGAGGCGGCCUGGUGCAGCACAUUCAGUUGCCUGGAAACAUCACAAACGAGAGGUUCAGCUGGGUUCCAGGUGUCACUCGAAUGAGUGUAUAUUCGCCAAUUUCGUGCAAUUUGGUUUCAAGCAACUGAAUGUGCUGCACCAGGUCGCCUCAUGUUUCAGUCCCUACGACAUUCGAGAUAUCGCGAUACAUGUAAAUAUAUAA